UAAUUGCAAUAUAUUUUCUGGAAUGAAGUGAACAAGCAACAUUGAAAAGGUGUAAUUAUUUAUAAGUAAUGACAGUUCAUUUAUCUUUAGACGCAUAUUUGUUCUUUGUCCUUAACCCAAAAAGUCUUUGGUGGAAGCAAAGAAGCAAAUACUUGUGUUUGUAUACACCUAAAGUCUGCUGGAGGAUAAAUCAUGCUGGUCAUCUGAGAGUUUUUCAUACAGGAGAGCCUCGAUGUAAAUGGGCCAGAAGCAGAACAUUUUGGUAUAACAAAUAUGUUUACAGCUAUGACUUUUUAUACUACAGAGUUUCUAAACUUUUGACUUCUUCUUCCAAGGGACUUACAAAAGUGAACAAUCGCAUGUCACGAAUAAAGAGUACUAUAGAAUCUGUUUCAAAGGCGGUGUCUGGAACUCACAGUGAAUUGGUUUCACGAAUAGCUCGAUUGAAGUCACACUCGGGUACUCCGGGAAAAGCAAAUAAGAGCAGUGCAGAUGCAAAUAACAUCAAUGCAAAUCUAGAAAAUGUUGAACAAGUUACAGAUGCCAGACGUCAGGAGGAUUGCAACAGAGGCCCAGUUACAAAGAAAUUCACUUGUGCAAAUGAAAAGUCAGAGGCUAUGUUGGUAAGGUCAAGUGGUGCUAAUCAAGAUACUCCAGAAGAUUCAGCAUUUACUAAAAACCACCUUUUUCAUGUAAGCUGCUUUUCUACGAAUUUUGGAGAGACUUACAACUUCGUAGCUGAUCACAUCAACUGGUACUUUAAUAAUCAUUUUCUUAUGGAUAAGGGGAAAAAAAACAGUGCUGUAUUACAGGACUCUAAAAGUGAAAAGAGGAAUAAACCUGGUUCAUCAGAAAAUACUGUAAUGAGUGAAGAAAAGAUAGCGGAUUCAGCAGCUACGUUGGCAUCUGAAGCAGAGACUCUGGGUGCUGAAAAGUCAAAGACUGCUCUUCCAGUUUCCACUAAAAAAAGUAUUGCAAACUUCCUUUCAUAUCCCAGUAACAGUGUACAAGCUUUUGUAGACAGUUACAUUGGUGGGUUGGUUCCCAAGUUAAGAUCUGAUUCAAAAGUAGCUUCCCAAGAAAAGAGUAAACAGCCAGAACAAGAAGUGUCUGAGAAAGAUGAGGAGGAUAAAGCAAAAGAGGCUAAGACUGCUGAAGAGAGAGAAAAACAUCUGUCUCUUCAGAGAGAAAAGAUUAUUGCAAGAGUGAGUAUUGAUAACAGAACUCGAGCUUUAGUUCAAGCCCUACGGAGAUCCUCUAAUCAAAGAGUCUGUAUCAACCGGGUUGAAGAGCUGACCUAUCAUCUUCUAGAAUUUCCGGAGAGCAGAGGAGUUGCAAUUAAGGAAAAAUUAAUCCCCUGCCUACUGCGACUGAGACAGGCAAAUGACGAAAGUCUUCAGGCUGCUGUUAGAGAGACUUUAGCUAUAAUUGGAUAUACAGACCCUGUCAAAGGCCGGGGAAUUCGAGUCCUCACUAUUGAUGGAGGAGGAACAAGGGGUUUAGUCGCACUUCAGACUCUACGGAAACUAGAAGAACUAACUGGAAAGCGAGUUUAUCAACUUUUCGACUACAUUUGUGGCGUCAGCACAGGAGCUAUAUUAGCUUUCAUGUUGGGGUUGUUCCACAUCCAUCUGGAUGAUUGUGAAGAACUGUAUCACAAGUUAGGAUCAGAUGUUUUUAAGCAGAAUGUCAUUGUUGGAACUGUCAAAAUGGGUUGGAGCCAUGCCUUUUAUGACAGUGAUAUAUGGGAAAAAAUGCUCAAGGAGAAAAUGGGCUCAAAUCUACUCAUUGAAACUGCAAGGAAUUCCGAAUGUCCAAAGGUAGCUGCAGUAAGCACCAUUGUAAACAGAGGAACACCACUGAAAGCAUUUGUCUUCAGAAACUACAAUCACUUCCCUGGUGUGAAGUCUCAUUAUAUGGGAGGCUGUCAGUAUAAACUGUGGCAGGCCAUUAGAGCAUCAUCUGCUGCACCAGGCUACUUUCAGGAGUAUGUUUUGGGCAACGAUCUUCAUCAGGAUGGAGGUCUGCUUCUAAAUAACCCUUCUGCACUGGCAGUUCAUGAGUGCAAGUGUCUUUGGCCAGAUGUUCCAUUGCAGUGUCUGGUAUCGCUGGGCACUGGUCGAUAUGAAAGUGAGGGAAAGACAAAUGUCACAUACACCAGUUUGAAAGCCAAGCUCACAAAUGUUAUCAGCAGUGCAACUGAUACAGAAGAAGUUCACACCAUGCUUGAUGCACUGUUACCUCCAAAUACUUACUUCAGAUUUAACCCUCUUAUGAAUGAAGACAUAGCCCUGGAUGAAAGUCGUAAAGAGAAACUCAAUCAGCUGCAGACAGAUGGAAUCCGCUACUUAGAACGAAAUGAAGAAAAACUGAAAAAAGCUGCAAAAAUAUUAACGCAACAAAAAACAGCUCUGCAGAGACUUCAGGACUGGUUAAGAUUAAAGGCUGACAUGUAUGAAGGCCUUCCAUAUCUUUCCAAAUUGUGA